GCGGCCCGUCGCCUCCCUCCUCUUCCGCGGCGCCAUCCCUCGGCGCGCCCAACCCGGAACCCGGCGAGCGCGUGGGGGCGGGGAGGCGAGCGCGCAGAGCUGGCGGGCACCCCCGCGGCCCCCGGCCCCCCAGCCAUGUCGGCCGAGGAGAUGGUGCAGAUCCGCCUGGAGGACCGCUGCUACCCGGUGAGCAAGAGGAAGCUUAUCGAGCAGAGCGACUAUUUCCGCGCCCUCUACCGCUCCGGCAUGCGCGAGGCCCUGAGCCAGGAGGCCGGCGGCCCAGAGGUGCAGCAGCUGCGCGGCCUCAGCGCCCCGGGCCUGCGCCUGGUGCUGGACUUCAUCAACGCCGGCGGGGCCCGCGAAGGCUGGCUCCUGGGCCCGCAGGCGGAGAAGGGCGGCGGGAUGGAGGAGGAAGAGGAGAUGGACGAGGUGAGCCUGCUGGCGGAGCUGGUGGAAGCGGCCUCCUUCCUUCAGGUCACGUCUCUGCUGCAGCUGCUGCUGUCCCAGGUGCGGCUCACCAACUGCCUGGAGCUGUACCGCCUGGCGCAGGUGUACGGGCUGCCCGACCUGCAGGAGGCCUGCCUGCGCUUCAUGGUCGUCCACUUCCACGAGGUGCUGUGCAAGCCCCAGUUCCACCUCCUGGGGGCUCCUCCUCAGGCCCCCGGGGAUGUCAGCCUGAAGCAGAGGCUGAGAGAGGCCCGGAUGACGGGGACUCCGGUUCUUGUAGCCCUGGGGGAUUUCCUGGGGGGACCCUUGGCCCCUCACCCAUACCAGGGGGAGCCCCCGUCCAUGCUCAGGUAUGAGGAGAUGACCGAACGUUGGUUCCCGCUGGCCAACAACCUUCCUCCCGACCUGGUGAACGUCAGGGGUUACGGGUCAGCCAUCCUGGACAACUACCUCUUCAUAGUGGGCGGGUAUAGGAUCACUAGCCAGGAAAUCUCGGCUGCGCACUCCUACAACCCCAGCACCAAUGAGUGGCUCCAGGUGGCCUCCAUGAACCAGAAGAGGUCUAACUUCAAACUUGUGGCUGUUAAUUCAAAACUCUAUGCCAUUGGUGGGCAGGCCGUUUCUAAUGUUGAGUGUUACAAUCCCGAGCAGGAUGCCUGGAAUUUUGUGGCACCCUUACCAAAUCCUCUGGCUGAGUUCUCUGCGUGUGAGUGUAAGGGAAAAAUUUAUGUCAUUGGAGGAUAUACGACCAGAGACCGCAACAUGAACAUUUUGCAGUAUUGCCCCUCGGCCGACAUCUGGACACUGUUUGAAACCUGUGAUGUCCACAUUCGCAAGCAGCAGAUGGUAUCUGUUGAGGAGACCAUCUACAUCGUGGGUGGCUGUCUGCACGAGCUGGGGCCCAACCGGAGGAGCAGCCAGAGCGAGGACAUGCUCACGGUGCAGUCCUACAAUACCGUCACGCGGCAGUGGCUCUACCUCAAGGAGAACACAUCCAAAUCGGGGCUUAACUUGACUUGCGCACUCCACAACGACGGCAUCUACAUCAUGAGCAGAGACGUGACCCUGUCCACCAGCUUGGAACAUCGAGUUUUUCUCAAGUACAACAUCUUCUCAGAUAGUUGGGAAGCAUUCAGGCGUUUCCCGGCCUUUGGACACAACUUGCUGGUUUCCUCUCUUUAUCUGCCCAAUAAAGCAGAAACAUGACUGAACCAACUUAGGAUUUAAAAGAAACCUGGUUCAAGGCAGAAAAAAAAGUAGUGUCCCAUUUCCAGGGAGGCUAAUUUCUAAAGGGAAAAAGUGGGUUAAAGUAGGUCACAUGUACAAUAGCUGUAAAUAAGCUUACUUGAACUAAUUACUUGAAAACUUGUGGAGAAAAGAGACCAACUUUGUUAUUUUUUUAAUUAUUGAUUUUUAAAUGAUGGGAUCAAAUCCAUGAUACUAUUUUCAUCAAAUAUGGUACCCUUGGGCCAGUGACUGAAACUGAUCAACGAAAAGAAGAUUCAUUGUGUCUGCUUUAGUAAAGGACCAAAGUCAAUAGUUGAUGUGAAUGGUAAAGAUCAUUUUAAAAUCCGUUUUAUUUAGGUCACUUGAAAUAUCAUUAAUACCUUAAAUGAGAGAUUUUUCAUUUACUUGAGAUACAUUUAUAUUAACACUGUCAUUCACCGCUUUUCUCCCCUUUUCAUACCCACAUAUACUUCCAGUGGUUUAAAAAUAGGGUUCUGUGUUUAUUUUAUUUGCACACUACUUUCCAGGAAACUUACCAUGAUGGAGCCCUAGAGUGAGUCCUUACAAGCUUCCAGUCCUCCCAGAACCUUUCUUAAAAACCUUCUCAGCUAUUUUCCCAAACUUUUUUGCAAUUAUGUGUACUGAAUAGACAGACAGGUGUAACCUCUUACUUCAUUUAGGUGGCAGAUUGCAAAUUUAUGUGGUCAGAUAAGUUGCAUUGCUAGGCAUUCUGUAUUGUUUAAAAGAGAGGAUAUAUUGUUUAGAAGGGUGGAUAUAUAUAUAUAUAUAUAUAUAUAUAUAUAUAUUUUUUUUUUUUUUUUUGAAAUCAAGUCUUAAAUUUAAAUGGGAAGGGAAGACCAAAUAAGAAAAAAAAAAAAUUGCCUUUAAGAGUUACUUUUGAUGAAUGUCUUUGACUUAGUUCUGUUUAUAAGAUAAGAAAGAUAAGUUCAUCAUUUUUAGAUCAGACAUCUUUCUAAUUUAACCUUAGCCUUUAAAUUCAUACUUUGCUUUUAUGAGGGAAGGUGAGGAUAGCUGUAGGACUUUGCUGCUGGAGAGGGAAGAAACUCUUGUGGAAGAGGAAUGGCCUCUGGUGGUAUCUCUGAAAUUCGGGAAGUUUCUCCGCUUGCCUUGGUGGUUGAGUCAGAUGGAGCCCAGCUCCAGCAGUUGUCAGUAAGUCAGCUAACAUGAAUAUAAAGUUUCUGCCAGUCAUAGCUCCAUCCCUUUAAAAAAUAUAUAUACUUAUAGAAAUGUUAUUCUUUCUGAGCGUCUCUGAUCUUUUGUAAUAGGAUGGUGAAGCUGGGAGCUGGAGUCCAUCCUUCUGCUCUAACAUUCCAGUUACAGCGCACCUCACUUUAAGAACAUCCCGCAGAAAAACAAAAAACUGUCAUGGCAAAUCCAUGUGUUCUGCGAGGUUACCCAGCGCCUCGGGUAGGCAUUCAUCCUGCGGACAUGGUGUAGAGGGCUGGUCACUUUGGCAGAGCUCGCCAGGUUCUCACAAGGUCACUACAGGGUUUCUUGACAACCAUGGCCUGCAAGCAGAGUGAAAAUCAGGGUCUGGUUGUAAAAAUUCUAUUUGCACAACUUUUUAGGAAUAUUUCUAUUAAGUAAAUUGAGGCAAGCCUUUAUUGUGGACCUAGGAACAGUUCUUGGAUCUUGUCACCAAAUAUAAUCAUAUCGGUACUCUACUUACAUUACUUAAGGGUUUCUAAGCCAUACCCAUUUAUUCUCAAAUACUCAGCCUUUUUUUUUUUUUUUAAAUCUGAACUGAAAUCUUGGGGAUGAUACUUUAAUAAUAGAUUUAUAUUAAUUUAUAUUCAUUAUGGAAUUGAAUUUCCAGUGACCUAUAAUUUCAUUGCAUAUAUUUAAAAAUCUAAUUUAUUUUAGAUAGUGUUAACUUUUGUUGCUACAGAUCUUAACUUUUUUAAAGCUUCACGUUGUAUAUUCUGAAGAGUCUAGCCAGUUGAAUUAGUUCUGGACAAUUAGACCUUAGCUUGUAAAUAACCAUAUCAUUUAAAUGUAAUAUUAUUGCUGCCAUCCAGUUCUCUUCCUGGUUACAUUCUUAGGAUCUGUUUCCCUCAUGCCAACAAUUAGAUUCUUGGACCAAGUGAAGGCAUACUCUGAUCCACAAAGCUCUUUUUAUAAACCAGGUUUAAUAUGUAUGUGCAUAUUUGUGUGUGUGUGUGUGUGUGUGUGUGUGUGCGCGUGUGCAUGCACGUCCUGGCAUAUUGCUUUAAGAUACCCAGACGUCUAACAAUGUUUUUGUCACUCUGGACUGCCAGCUGUACUUGGGCGAGGAGGAAUGUGUAAUAGGAACUGAUCUGUGGAUUUGGGUCAUCAUUCUUCCUGCUGUGCACAUCAGCUAUGUUGGCAUUUUGAGGAUAAUUUUAAUUUAGCUCUAUUCUCACAUUGGUGCCAAUGUUGUAGUGAAGACUCUACCUAUGAUGAGGGAAUGUUGUUUUGAAAAGUCCCUGUCAUCCCCCAGGACUUUGCUUUUUUUUUUUUUAAUUAAGUGUUUAUUUUAAUUCUAGUAUAGUUAACGUACAGUGUUAUAUUAGUUUCAGGUGUACAUUGUAGUACUCUUUGAUAAUACUCUUCUGUUUUCUUCCUUUCUCUAAAUGCUUCUUCCUUCUUUUCUGACAUGCUUCUGAGGGGUGCCAACCUCCCACGGUGGGGAGGAGAGUUAGUGGGAGGACCCCUGCUAGUGGGAGCCACCUCGCCAGAAGAAACCCGUUUUAUGAAGAAUGGUCUGGGUGGCAGAGGGAGGUUGGUUCUCCCUGUCAUUCUUUCUGGCUUUCUUCUUAACAUUCUUGGUUUCAGAGACCUCUCCCCUUAGCAUCCUUGGAAGUUUUUCUGAUGAAAGAGUAGGAGUUGAUUAUUUCAACAGUGUGGGUUAAGUCAUAACAAUGAAGUACUGAGAAGGUUUUGGAUUCUAUUAAGAAACAAAUAGAUUAAGAUUAAGCAUGAAUACCAAAGAGAAUUGAGCUCGGCCAUGUUUUCUUGAACCAAAAUCCCAAGUAAUUCCAAAAGCCUUAGAUGUCAGUUAAAGUUGUGCUGAGAUGGACAAAGCUCUUUCUCUCCAAAGGGAAUUAGAAGGAAAUACUUGUUUUCUUUCAGUAAAGAAUUACUUAAUGAGCAUUGUGGAUGCCAUGUUUUCAGAUUUCCAGGUAAAGUCAUGACCCUACUUGUUUGGCUGCACAGGUAAAUCGAGUGGAAAGGCCUUGGCCUUCUUGAUCAACCAGCGUCUAAUGAGCAGUGGCUUAAUGCAGAGCACUCGUGAGGCAGCGUAGUGACAGAAAGGGAACAUGGGUGAGUUGUUGGAUGCCUUUUCCUUGACCAGGGCUGGGGAAUAUAUAACGUCUGUGCCACCGUUCUCUGAUGGUGGCAUCAUGAAUCAGUAGCACUCCCUUCCUCUGUGCCAGGAAUUGGUCUCACAGUCCAUGUCAUCAGAGCUGCCUGGCAUCCAUUGCCCAGCCAUCAGAGUGAGAUGAAUGAAGUCUCUUUCUCAUCCUGCCUUAGAGGAGUGAAUGAAAUAGUGAGUAGAUACCAUCCAGAUUGGCUUUUUUAAAAUUUUAUUUUAUUUAUUUAUUUGACAGAGAGGGAUCACAAGUAGGCAGUGAAGCAGGCAGAAAGCAGGCUCUCUGCUGAGCAGAGAGCCUAAUGUGGGGCUCGAUCCCAGGACCCUGAGAUCAUGACCUGAGCUGAAGGCAGAGGCUUAACCCACUGAGCCACCCAGGCGCCCCCCAAGAAAGGCUUUGAAAGCACUGAGCUGAUUCAGCUCCAUUCCCUGGUUCCCAGAAAUACUGAAAGUCUGUUGUGUGCAGGACAAUAUUAAGAACUAGGGAUAAAGACGUAAAUGAGUCCUGUCCCCUGACCUGGAGAGCUUACAGCCUUGUGAAAAUGUUUGCCAUAUCAUUGUAACCCAUGUGUCCUCUAAGAUGCCCACCUUUGUCGGGCAUACUGGGGCUCUGUGGCCUGGCUGCCUCUCGUCUAUCCACUGCUUCAUGAUCUAACAAUUCUUAUGAACCAGAUUUUCUCUAAAUUUGAACAUCACAACCUAAGUUCUAAGGGUUUGCUUUUUUUCCUCACUACCUUUCAUAGUCUUCUCUGUACUUCAUUUUUCAAAAAAAAAAAAAAAUGUGAUCUGCUUUAAAGAUAAUUACUAGGCACACAGCUUAUGUGGCUAAGGGCUCAACAGCUCAAUCCCUUGAGCAGGGGGAGCAAAGUCAGGGAAGUGAGUAUUGGGGGAGAGGGGAGCUCUUCACAUGUGUGCUUGUACCUAUGCCUUUAAAACACUUCCAUAAAAAGCAUUACUAAAUGGUCAUUAAGACACUGGUCCUGACGGAAAGUCGGUUGAUGCUACCUGUGUGAUCACUUAUCAAAGGGUGGUUUUCUGUCCUUAUGUUUCAUUCAUGUAAGAAUAUUUGCUGUUUUUCAUUCUCUUAUGUUAAUUUAGGAACACGGUAUAAAAUACAUACCAAUGGACAUAAUGCUAACUUUUGCACUUGACAUAACCAUUUUUAUCAUUCCUCUAGAACACAUUAAAUGUAAAAGAUGGUCAAUUUUGAGGAGCAAAAGGCCGCUGAGAGGAUUUUGGUAGGGUUGGCUGCUGCUUUCUCAAAUGGAUGUCACAGUUUGUUCCUAGUAAAGAAAAGGAAAAUGUAAUUUGCAUUAUUGUGUCAUUUUUCUAAGAAAAAUCUUAAUGGGGUUCUUUAGAUGUCUCUACAAUGUUUUCAUAUGUAGUAGUUAUUUUAGAAGAGUGGAUAAUCUGUAGAAUGAACAAUUAUGUUUUGUUAUGACUGACACUUUGUUAAAAAGGUUGUAUUGUGUCUUCAAGUAUGGCUUAAAAUGUAAACACUAUGAUAUGAUUCGUUCAAAUACAAUGAUGCCUCUGAUGCCCUCACUCAAAUAGCAUCUGUUCUGUGUUUGUAACUAGAACCGUAGAAGAAAAUCUCUUCAAAUAAAAUAGUUCAAAAUCUUA